AUGGCGCCGACGGACGGGCCCAUCGCAUCCAUCUCGGAGCCUGGCAUCAAGGCCGAGGGUCCUGUAUUGUCGACUAUGCGCAGAGAGGUGGCGGAUCUGCUAGGGAGAAACCAGCUUGGUUUUCCGGGGGCACAGCCAGUGAGCUUUGCACGGCAGCAUCUGGAGGAGCUUACGAGACAAGAUUACUAUGUCUGCGAGAAGUCAGACGGCAUACGAUACCUCCUGUACUCGACGUCAGACGAAGCAGGCCAAGAGGCGCACUACUUGGUCGACCGGAAGAACGACUACUGGUUCGUCAACAACCGGAACCUGCACUUCCCGGUACCGGGCAGCCACGAGCAGUUCCACGUGCAGACGAUCACAGACGGGGAGCUGGUGUGGGACACGAUGCCGGACGGGCACCGGGAGCCUCGGUUCCUCAUCUUCGACUGCCUGGUCAUGGACGGACAGAACCUGAUGGACCGCACCCUGGACAAGCGGCUGGCAUACGUCAAGGAGCGGCUGUUCACUCCAUACAAGCGGCUACUCAAGGAGUUCCCGGACGAGCGGCAGUUCCAGCCCUUCUUCAUGGAGAUGAAGCCAUUCCAGCUGGCUUACGGCAUCGAGAUGAUGUUCAAGCAGGUGCUCCCGUCGCUGACGCACGGCAAUGACGGGCUCAUCUUCACGUGCCGCAACACGCCCUACCGCCACGGAACGGACCCCCACAUCCUCAAGUGGAAGCCGCCUGAGGAGAACACGGUCGAUUGCCGCCUGCGUCUCUCAUUCCCGACCGUCGAGCCCACCGAUGAGGAGCGCGCCUCGGGCGGCUUCCCCUCCGCCGGCCCGUUUGUCGACUACGACUCCGUCCCCCGGUCGGAGCUCUUCGUCUUCGCCGGCGGGUCCGGCCCAGACCCCUACGACUGGUUCGCCGAGGUGUACAUCAGUCCCGAGGAGUGGGAGACGCUCAAGGCCCUCGGUGACCCGCUCAACGAUCGUAUCGUCGAAUGCAACCAGGACGACCAGGGCCGGUGGCGCGUUGUCCGUUUCCGCGAUGACAAGAACGAGGCCAAUCACAGGUCUACUGUCGCCAGUGUCCUGAGCAGUAUCCGCGAUAGAGUCUCGGAUAAGGACCUCCUGAAAUCGGCUACGCGCAUCAGGGAUAGCUGGAAGGCUAGGCAGGCAAGAGGGGGUAAGUGA